AAUAAUCUUUGUCAAUGAGUUUGAUUGUGAGCAUUGGUGCUUAACGUCAUAUCCGUAAACAACUUUGUUUGUGGUAGUUUGGGAUACUAAUAAAUGUUGUCCCUUAUGCAAAGAUUUAUAAAAAUUUUCGCGGCCAACUGUUAGUUUAUAUGUGCAGGAAGAACUGGUUUUAUACCAACGUUAUGACAUCGUCUGCUUCAUGCUAAUCAAUACUGCCGAUUGAUGGACUGUAAUUGUAACGAUGUUUGUUGCAGUAGUUUUUAUUACUGCGGCACAUUCGCAUUGUUCAGCCGUAGGUCAACUGCGUUUGUAUUGGUGCAGUAUUAUUACACAUAUGUAUGCUACCGGUUGUAGUUAUUUUUCACAGGGAGAGGCUAGAGUGAACUGCUUUUCGUGGAGACUAUUCGAAGCGGCUUGAAUCCCAACCGAUCAACUGUACGAAAAAGUUAACCUCAUAAUGAGUAACUGGACCGUUAAAAAAGUCUGCCCUUUGCCAUCAGAGCUGUCAGGAAUUAAGAAAAAUAUUCCGUGCCCAGAAGAAGGCUGCAGUGGCACAUUUCUUAAUACGUCGAAUUUGGAUAUGCAUCUUAGUAAACACCAUAAAAAAGCGAAUAUUGAUUUACUGAAGAAAGGCGAUUCACAAACAAUAUUUCAGUAUCAUUGCCCAGUCGAGAAGUGUCUAUAUAAUAUGAAAUCCGAUCGAUUUUUCAAGAACAUGAAAUAUCUGAAGCAGCAUUACUUAAAAGUACACGCAGAGAAGAUGUACCUUUGUGAAAAAUGUCACAAGGGCUUUUCGACAGAGACUGCUCAGAGGAAGCAUAUGAGAACUUGUGGGAUGAAAUUCACAUGUUCAUGCAAUUUCUCUUAUGAAUCGUAUGAGGCACUGCUGACACAUGCCAAACGCCAUCGACAUACAUUUGAUGAAAAAUUCAGGUUUUAUGGGAAGAGCAAUGUUGUUCCCAAUGAAGCAGAAGUGUCUAGUAAAGAUAUGCCAAGGCCUUUUGCUGUCCCUCUUCAUCCUCUUGCAGCAGCUACAUUGAGUGAACUCUCACCACACUCAGUUGCUACCACAGUCAGUAGGGCUGUACAGACAGACAGAAUUGCAGAAGCUAGAAGAACAAGAAAAAGUGGCGUCCACCCAAAGGCAUCAAAACGUAAAACCUGUGCUCAGACACAGACAGGUUCUAUACCUCGCAACAGGCACCCAACCACAAGUGCAGAGACUCAAACAAUUGGAGAUUAUAUUCUGAAAAAAGCAAUGAAAGCUGCUGACAUUCCAGUUAGUCACAGAGGUGUUAGUGUUCCUGAAUUAAAGACAGAGACUACUGCAAAGAAAAGAAGAAAGAGUAUGGAAACUCAGACUACACAGCCAGUGGCUAAUUCAGUAUUUAGUAAAUGUAAUGAUGUUAACAUCAGUAUUUCCACUAAUGGGUUCAACAAUAAUCAGAUGUAUAACCCUACAGAAGAUUCUUUACCUGGACCAGAUAAUUUUACAGCACUGAAUAAUAGUCCCACACCUAAUUUCUCUCUUUUUGAUGGAUCAGACUCAUUUAGCUUGGAUAUUGAUAGUCUUUCCAGCCUCUGGCAGAAAAGCUCUUCAGGCACUCAAACAAGUCCAGUUAGUACAGGCAAUAUUUUACUGAAAGAGGAGAUGUUAAAUCACAGUGUCACUCAGACUGACUGGAAAAACGUACUUCUGGAGUCUAAACCUUUCACACAUUCAUCCAGUAAUAUGAAUUCAAGUUCACAAACUGUGAGUGACUUAAGCACCUACUUUGAAAAUCCAGUAGAAACUGGCUUUAUAGAAAAUGCAAAUGAAACUAAUCAUUUCAGUAGCCCCUCUUGCAGCACAGAAUUGAAUGGUGUGCCUGAAUUUCAUGGAGAUUCAAACUAUUCUGAUAGUAACUUGGACAGUAUCUUGACACAGACAGCAGGUCUGUUUGAUGAGAAUUGGUCUUGCAGCACAGAAACACAGACUGAACUUGAUUUUAAUAGCUGCUUUUUUAAUGAUGAUGAUACAUCUUUUACGCAUUACUUUAAUACAGAAACUCAAACCUCUGAAGAUGUCGAUAAUCUGGGACAACUUCUUUAUUCCAAUACAUGUACUCAAACAAAUGAUAUUAACAAACUGUCAGAGUUUGCAGACAUUCAAACUCAGACUGCAGGCCCACAUUUUAGCAAAGAUUCUGUAUUAAUUUCAGCAGAAACUCAAACAGCAAUUUCAGAUACUUCUAAUUCACAGAUUUGCCAUUCAUCUAAGCAAUUAGUGAGUAACAAACCUGCUGCAGCUACAGUAUUUAAUGAGAAUGAGGCUCAAACAAACGGAAAUGAGUUUAAAGACUUUAUUAUUGACCUAGUUAAGCGAGAUAUGAAUGAUAAACUUUUAUGAGAGUUGCUAAAAAGCUUUUAGUGAUGCUGACUGUCAUGGAUCACUAAAAGCAUUUUGAUGUUCAACUUGCACUGUCUAGUCAAAGCUUAACCCUGCUUAUUUAAUAUGUGAUAAAAAGCUUUAAAAGUGGCACACAGAGAAAAGACAAUUAUUUAUGCAUUUAUGUGGAAAACUUGAACAUAUUAGUAAAUACAGUGAUAUUUCCUUGUCUGUUGUUUCCUGUUUAAAGUCACCAAAAUUAUAUGAAGUGCUUCAGAUGUGAAAAUUAAUGCAUAUAUAAAAUUUAAAUAUCACUUACUUACAAAAGAACCUGAAGAGAGGUUCAUAUGAAGGUGAAUUUCUUUUUAGUUGCAUAUUCUUUUUGUUUUCAAAAUAUAUUUCAGUGAAUUGCUUAUCUAAUAAGCUAAAGAAUAUUAGUAUUGAGAAGAACAAAUCAAUUGUACAUCUCAAACUGGAUAAAAAGUCCAUAAAAAGAAAAUGAAAACAUAAUUUAAUAUAUAUGACUAUUUACUGAGGGCACAUGGUGCUUGCAUGCGCUUACACACACACACACACACACACACACACACACACACACACACACACACAGUAAGUGAGUGAGUUUAGUAAUGCUUUAUAAAAUGGUUUGGCACAUUGCACCUGGUUGAAAAAGUGAAUUGUUAAAUUUAAAGAAAAAAUGCUUAGCUUCUAUGUUUUUAAAGUGUCUGACCUCUGUUGAAUGUUGCUUACUGAUCUCGUAAAUAAAUUAUUACCAUAAUUUGUUGUGUUAUAAAGUGUUAUUUGAUAUUUGUAUUAAUGAAUGGUAACUUAUGAAACAGUACUGCUGCUGAUAGGUUCUUUCAUACAGCAUUGUGUUAUAUGGAAAAUCAAAUAGGGGAGAGGUGUCAUGUAUACAGUAAUAAUUGUAAAUCCACUGAGUUGCACUAAGGGUAUUGCAGAUUCCCAUGACAUAUAUGUAAUGUACUUGAUUUUUAACAUACCAACUUGUGGUGCAUGGCUUCAGACUCACUGAAUGUAGUUCCACAGCACCUCAGUGAAGACAUCAUUUAUCUGGUUAGAAGUUAUUAAUGAUUUAAUUACACAACCUGCCACAUUGUGUAUUCUUUUAUAGCUGAUAUUCUUUAAUUUUCAGUAACAAACUUGUUACAACAUGAACAAAUAACACUAAAGCUUUAGACAGAUAAUCAGGCCAUUUCAUCAGAAUGUGUUGCUUGGAUUUCAUGUUAAGUUCACUAGAGUUAAAUUAUGAAUAUGACUGAGUCUGAUGUGGCUGUCACUGACUUGCCAUUUAGGAAACAAAGUUGUUUGUUUUUUGUUAUGUAAACAGUUAAUAUUAACAAAAUUUAUAAAAAAUAGAAAAAUGUGCUGACAUAGGAAUUUUAGUUCAUUUAGAAGCUGCACAUAAGUUUCUGAAAUGGGACUUUACAAGUGUAAACAAAGGUGAAGUAUGUUAAAAUGGGAAAUACAGGCAAAAGUGGCAGAUAAAAACACAAUAGUACUAACCAUAUUUUGUAUAAUGAAUAUAAUACUGAACACUUACGCUUACUUAGUCAAAGGGUGUGAAACAAACUGUGUUAUUGAGCAAGAUUGUAAUAUUUCACACAUGGAACUUAACUGUGAACCAAACCCAACAUUCAUCUGUCAUUCUUUUGACACUUGUGGUUACAUGGCAUAAAUUUUAUGUACUUUGUAUAACAAUGAUGUAUUGAUGGUAGUUCCAUGCCGCAUAUGAAGACACAUUGUAACAGAGACUUUCCAUUUAUGACUUUGGAUAUGGCGCUUUAAAAUGUGAGUGUAACUUAAGAGCUGUGUGUAUUAGUAUUAUCCAUGUAAAUUGGUACUGUAAGUUAUUGCAUAAUCAAGUUUGUUCCUUGAUGAAUGACACACCCACUGCAUCUCGAAUAUCAAAGUAAAGUGUUAAGAAUUAUAAAUUGUAUAAUAGAAGGAAAAAAUGUACCAAACCAUAAGAUAAUAUCUGAUUUUAUAAAUUACUUACCUUCUAGGGAUUCAGAGACACAUUUACUUCUAAAUCCAGAUGAAUUACUCUAAUAACCUGUUUUGUAUGUUUAAUACAGUAGGUUGUAUAACCUGGAAAGCGGAAACAGAGUCAAGAAAAUUACAAAUCACUUUGUCCAGUCAUAUUAAUGUGUACCACCUGUGUCAAAAGCCUAAAUAAUCACUUUUCACUGUGCAGACUGCUGCAAGAUGUGCAGAAAGAAAGCCAGUGAGGUUGUGGAAGGUACCAACAGGGAUGUGGAGCCAUGCCAACUCCAGUGCUGCGACCAGCUGCGCUAGGUUUCGCGGUUGAGGAUCAGUGGCACAAAGAGCCCAAUUGAGGUGGCCCCACAGAUUCUCAGUUGGGUUUAAAUCCAGGGUAUUCAGUGGCCAGGAGAGUAUGAUAAACUCAUCCCUGUGCUCUUUGAAACAUGCAGAUGUUCUACAAGCUGUGUGACCAGUUAAAUUAUCCUGCUGGUAGAUGCCAUCAUGACUGGGUAAAGCAAACUGCUUGUAGGGUUAAUAUAUCAGUGAAAAUAAUCAAUUCCUGUAAAUAUAAUUGGAUUGACAAAAACUCUACUCACCAAGUGGCGGCAGGAGAAAGCACACAUAAAAAUAAGAUCUUCUCACCAAGAGGCAGCAAAAGAAAACACAUGUAAAAGUUAAAAAAAUGUGCGAGCUUUCAGAGCCAGUGGCUCCUUCUCCUGGCGGUAAGGUUGAAGGGGAAGAAUGAAGAAAAAGGACUGGUGAGAUUUAGGAAACUGGGAGAAUUCAGAAAAGUCUUCAUCCCAUCUUUUACGUGUCUCCUAGAUAACUUCUCCGAACUAUCCAAAUUUCCUGAGCCUCACAAGUCCUUUUUUCUUCAUCCCUCUUCCCUCUCCUUCAACCCUCCUGCCAGGAGGAGCAGCCGGUGGCUCCAAAUGCUUGUACAUUUCUUUAACCUUUAUAUGUGGUUUAUCCUACUGCUGCAUGGCUAGUAGAUUUUUUAUCUAUCUUACAUCUUAUUUUCAGAAUCUGCAUGUGUGGGUGGACAUGGUUGUGUUGAUGCAUUGUGCCAGCCAGAAUGGUGAGAUCAGACAGGGAAAGCCACAAAAACAUUCCCCAGACCAUAAAUGAUUAUGCCCUUUUGAACGGUGCUCCAUUUCCGCGUUAUGACAUUGACUGUACUAUUUUCCAUGUCCGUUCAACAUACUUUAUAAACCUCCAUUGCUAGUAUUGCCACCUGCCAUCUGUUAACUGGUUAUUAAUUGUGGAUGUCAAACAUAGGUAGUGGUCACAUUAAUGAGACUGGGCCUUGUGUAAGGUAACCAGAUUUACCAUACCUGUUUUCCAGUCCACUGUCAUAUAAAAGAAAUUUAUGAACAAACAAAGGAAAAUCCAGGAUGGAAUAAUGACAAUAUUAUGAAAAGGAUAGGUUGCUGUUCAUCAGCAUUUCAACUAUAUGGUGAGUAGCAAUCUACCCUUUUCAUAAUAUUGUCAAAUUUCUGAAGAGUCAAUUUCGUAAAUCAUUUAGUUAUUAAAAAAAUAUAUAUAUGCACAUCACAAAAAGUAGGACAGCAUGUUGUUACACCGUGCCAAUUUCAUUGCAUAAUAGGCCAGUGAGCCUAUUAGGAAAAAUUGUCUUCUUAUAUGCCUCAAGUAAGGCAGAUGAUACUACUUGGAUGUAAUGCUUUGUGCUGACAGUAAUUAUCAUCAUCAUCUUUGUUGUGUAGAAGCUGGAAUUCAUGGCUUCAUCCAGUAUCUUUGAAGGUGAAUACACUUAUUCCAUCAAUACUACAACUUUUUUUAUUUACUUUCUAGAAUUAAUCAAAAUCUCUCCCCAUGCAAUAGCAUUUUCUGUUUGGGAAGAAGUCUAGCUAUUAUGAGCAAAGCAUAAGGAAUUCGGCAGACUUUCUAGCAAUUCGAAAUUUGGUUUAUGAAUAACCACUAUUGCAAAUAAAGACUUGCGGUGAUUGUAGUUUAACAAGGAAGCAUUUCUUUUCAUAAGAUUCCAUAGUCAUCCUUGAGUAUAAGAAGUAAUUUUGUACCUUUAAGUUAGAUAGUAAAAUCCUCUACUGUAGCUCUGUCUCAUAAUCGGUACACCAAAAUAGUGCUACUUGAAUUAAAAAAGAGCAGAAAAUUGUUUGUUGAUGGUACUGUCUUUUAAUUUUCUAAAUUUUUGGAGAUUUGUGAUGUUACCUCUUCGAGUGGAUAUUUGUGGUGAACAGCAUUGUUCUAUAAACAUUUGUCAUCCUUAUCAUGAAAUGAUAACACUUGGCAGAUUUUGAAGUAACAGUAUCUUUGCUUCAGCUUCUCAAGAACUUUAUGAACAAACAGUACAGUAGCAGACAUAGAAUGUUCUGUGUUUGUACUGUGUUGUGUGAGAACUGAUUGUGUGUGUGUGUGUGUGUGUGUGUGUGUGUGUGUGUGUGUGUGUG